CCGCGUCACAACGACACCAACGGCAGCGAUUCGCCGUGCUCGUUGCAGAAAUCGUGCGCGUGUACAUCCCGUCGCUGCCUCCAUCCACCUGUAGACGCGACCAGUAUAUCGAAGAUUUAGAAACAGCUCGGCGGCCACUGCGCAAGUGCCCUCAAAAUGCCAAGUACCAAGCUCUCGGGCGGCCAGUCGGUGGCCGCUGGCGUCUUUGCCGGCUGCGUCACCCGCUCCUGCACGUCGCCCAUGGACGUGCUCAAGAUUCGGCUCCAAGCGACUUCGACGACACGAGCGCGUCCGUCCUGGCGCCAUGCCGUAGCCACGCUGCGUACCACGUGCCUGGACAUUUACGCGACAGCUGGCGUUGCGGGGCUCUGGCGGGGCAACCUCGCCGGCUGUCUUCGCCUUGGCCCGUACUGCGGCAUCAAAUUCUGCGUCUACGACGCACUGCACGACUCGCAGCAUUCUCGGAGCGGUGCGGUCGACGGUGCCAUCGCGGGCAUGCUGGCUACCAUGGCCGUAUACCCGAUGGAGGUCGUCCGCACGCGGCUCAUCAUUUUGGCGCCGACGCGAAGCAUUGGCAGCAGCCUCUAUGAGCUCUACGCCCGCGAGGGCCUCCGUGGUUUGUAUCGGGGUGGCCUCACGGGCGUCGUCGGGGCGAUUCCAUUUGAAGGCCUCCAGUUUGCUUGCUACGAGUUUGGCAAAGGGUACGCUACGGCCCACCACUGGCCGGCGUGGCGCUGGACGCCGACCAAGGCCGAGCUGAGCCAUAUCGAUAUCCUGGUCACGGGGAGUCUCUCAGGCAUCGUUGCACAGCUUGCCGCGUAUCCGUUUGAUACAAUCAAGAAGCGGCUGCAAGCUCAAGACCUGGGCCCGUCGCGGCAAUACGCAGGGCUUGUCGACUGCGCGCGCCGGAUCGUGGCCGACGAAGGCGUCGGAGCGCUCUACCGCGGGUCGCUACCCAACCUCCUGCGCAUUGGACCGUACGCCGCCAUCAUGUUUGCUUCGUACGAAGCGGCCAAGGCGUACUUGACCACGGAGCAUGGCCGCCAUCACCCAGUGUCCACGCUCUAGAGUCGGCUUAAGCUACUAUAUCCCUCUAUAGAGUCGGCUCAACUACUAUAUCCCUCUAAAUUUAUUGCAUUCUCAUUGUCUG